AUGGCAGCGGCGGCGGGCGCGCGAACGCGGGGUCUCCUCUGGGCGGCAGUGGUGGCACAUGUGGUGGCGUCAGGCGCCGGUUUUGUGAAGGAUCUGGAUGAGUCGUUUAAAGAAAACCGUAAAGAUGAUAUUUGGCUCGUAGAUUUUUAUGCACCUUGGUGUGGCCACUGCAAGAAACUAGAGCCUGUGUGGAAUGAAGUGGGCAUAGAAAUGAGAAACAUGGGCUCUCCAGUAAAAGUUGGGAAGAUGGAUGCAACUUCCUUUUCUAGUAUUGCAUCUGAAUUUGGUGUACGAGGCUAUCCAACAAUUAAGCUCUUAAAAGGUGACUUGGCAUACAACUAUAGAGGACCUAGAACCAAAGAUGAUAUAGUUGAAUUUGCUAAUAGAGUGGCAGGACCUCUUAUCAGACCACUUCCUAGCCAGCAUAUGUUUGAGCAUGUGCAAAAGAGACAUCGUGUACUUUUUGUGUAUGUUGGUGGUGAAUCUCCUUUAAAGGAAAAAUACAUUGAAGUUGCUUCAGAACUAAUAGUUUAUACGUACUUUUUUUCUGCCUCAGAAGAUGUAGUGCCUGAGUAUGUGACAUUGCCUGAAUUACCUGCUGUUAUGGUCUUCAAAGAUGGAACUUACUUUGUUUAUGAUGAGUAUGAAGAUGGUGAUUUGUCAUCCUGGAUAAAUAGAGAAAGGUUUCAAGGCUACCUUAAUGUUGAUGGCUUUACGCUGUAUGAACUUGGAGAUACAGGAAAACUUGUGGCUAUUGCAGUCAUUGAUGACAAAAACUCUUCAGUGGAACAUACCAGACUAAAGUCCAUUAUUCAGGAAGUCGCUAGAGAUUAUCGGGAUCACUUUCACAGGGAUUUCCAGUUUGGCCAUAUGGAUGGAAAUGAUUACAUUAAUAGUUUACUAAUGGAUGACUUGACAAUCCCUACUAUUGUUGUAUUGAAUACCUCCAAUCAGCAGUAUUUUCUACCAGAUAGGCACAUUGAGAGCACAGAAGACAUGGUUCGGUUUAUUAACAAUAUCUUGGAUGGUACAGCUGAAGCACAGGGUGGUGAUGGACUUCUGCAACGAAUCAAGAGAAUAAUCUAUGAUGCCAAGUCUACUAUAAUGUCUGUGUUCAAGAGUUCACCACUGCUGGGAUGCUUUCUCUUUGGGCUGCCCCUGGGGGUCAUCAGCAUUAUGUGUUAUGGAAUCUGCACAGCUGAUACAGAUGGAGAGGUAUUUGAGCAUGAGGGAGCUAAAAAGGAAAGUGGCGAUCGGGAGCUCACAGACGAAGGCAGUGAGGAGGAACAAGAGGAGGAAAAGAAUGGAAAAUACACAGAACUUUCAGAUGGAGAGCUUAAACAGAAAGACACAAUGGAAAAGAAAAAAGACUAACUUGUUUAGCAGAAGAAUUCUCUAGAAUUUCCAAAUAGAUUUAUUUAUUGAAGGUUUUCAUUUAUUGAUGAUCUUCAUGAAAGAGGACCGUUUUGUCUGCGUUAUGGUAGUUUUGACUUGCAUGUAUUCAAAUUUUCUCAGAAAUUGACAGAAAAAAAAAUGGGUGUUCUCUUAAUUGUCCUUAUUAGAUUAACAAAGAGCAACUUAAACUGAAGAAAUCUGCAGGUACAAUUCUAUACCAUUUUUGGAAGAGUUUUGAAUUGUUCAUUUCCAGAACAGUGAGAUCAUGUUACUGGGCCUUACUGUAUGGGAUGAACUGCUGCUAGUAUAGCCCAGCUGAGCACUCAUUCACAUAAAAUUAGGGCUGAAAACUAAGAAAAAUGAAGAGAGCUGUGAAGUCUUUCAGAGCCUGAUAGCUAAAGACAAGUUAUGAUUUUUCUAAGAAGUCACAUCUUCUACCUGUUGCACAUUAUUAUGAAAAAGAAAACCCAAGAAGAUUAUCUAUUUUCUCAAAUUAAAUGUAAAUUGUUAUGAAUUGGAGACUGUUCUACCAUGUAAUAAUAUAAUUAUUGGCAGUCAAGAAUGUUUACUUGAUAUAGGAUGUGGGACUUAAGUGUUUACUAGUGCUCUAGCAGUUAAAAAUAUUGGAAAACUGUUACAAACUUUCUAGAACGUGAUUGCCUGUUGUUUUCUAUGAGUGCUUGCACAGACUUAUAGUGCGACAGGUCUUUAAGUUUCCUAAAUCCGCAGCAUAACCUGAUAAAGGAAGACGUAAAUAUAAAGACCCUCUGAUGAUUUUGUAUAGCUCUCUAAUGGCAACCUUUUUGAAUGGUGUAAAUUUGUUUCACAGUGUUUAAUUGAGAUUGUUACAUAUCUUUUGAGGUAGUUGGUUUUGUUUGAGACUGUUACUUACUCUGAAGGAGGGAGUUAUUAGAGCAUAAUAUUAACAUUCAAAUAGAUUGAUCAGUAUAAUGCAUUUUUCUUACCUUUUUCAUCAUAAAAUUCAGUUUUAAUAUAACGCUGUGACUGUGAAAAGGACUAAUUUGUGUCCAGGGUUAAAAUCUCCAAGGGGAAGCUAUAAAGUAGCCUUUGGCAUCAGUAUCAUAGAGAAUCACAGAACUUAUAUUGCUCCUCCUUGAACUAUUCCUUGCUGGGUUUUUUUCUUUUUGUUCCUGUUUUGUUUAAGGCUAUAUUACUGUAUAAUACAAAUUAUAAUGUCUUUCUCAUAAGGCAGCUUGAUCACAUAAGAAAUUACUAUGCUCUAGCACUAAAUUAAAGAAUUUCAAAUAAAAAACAUGAGUAAGCUUAAAUAGACAGGUUCUGUGUUUGAGUAAAUUUGGUGAUGCUAUACAAUGGUAACCAGGGAAAACAUUGUAUUCUUUUUCUCUGUAGGAAAGAAACUUGUUUCUUCUCUUUAAGUAGCUUGCUAACAGCUGACUUCAUGUUGCAAUACAGAGUAGAUCCCUGACUUGAAAGAUUUUGGUUAUCAAUCAGUAUAAAAAACGUGUAAAGAGAUUAGGAACUUUUUCAGAAAACUUCUGUCUGGUUUUGAAUCCAACCUUUUUCCUUUUGGGUGGAGAGAUAAAAAUUGAGUUCAUAGAAUACUGAGUAGUGUGUGUCAGAUACCUUUUUCCCCCAUUUUUUGUUCUCUCCGUUUUCCUUCUAUGAAUUGCCUUUUUUUUUUUUUUCAUUUUUGUCAUUAUAGCUAAUUGUACAUAGUGACUUGAGUUUUCUUGUUUUUUAUUGGUGUUUAAUUUUUUUGGCAGAGUCUUUUAGGUGUAGUUUUAGUACAGACAUGAAGAAUGAGAUGCUUAAAAAUGUGUUUAGCAAGUUUUUUUUAACAUGGUAUGGAGGUCCUGAGUUGUUUAUUAAAAAAGUUUAAAAAAAUAUAAAAAAAUCACUUAUUGUAAAACCUGUAAAUUUCUUUGGACUUCAGCAUAACUCAGUGCUGAUAGUCAAAAUAUAGGACUAUUAAGGCAGUAAUAUGUUCUUUUGUUUUGUCUUUAAGAUUUCAGGACAGAUCAAUUACAUAUUUAAUUUUGGCUCAAGCUGGAAACCUGCAGCUUUUGACUUAAAAAAAACCUAAAGUGGUCACUGGAACGCUGCUGUUCCUUCUAUGGAGUGUAAUAAAAAUUAAAAAAUAUUUGAGUUCUGGUGCACUCCUAAGAGCUGUUUCAACUAUGAGCCUUUUUUUUUUUUGGUGGUUAUUUUUUGUUCGUGUUUAUAAUCAGUAGCAACCAGUUAACUUGCUGAGAAAUCUUGUGAGAUGUGGACCUGAGUAAAGAAAAUACUGUGGAAGAAACAGAUCACACUGGGAUCUGUUAAAACUGUAGCACUUAGUAGUCAGAGUUAGGAGUAAAGCCUGUGUCUUGGUUACUUCUGAAGUCUAAUAUCCAUCAGAUGGGUACUGAACUAUUGAAAAUUAAACUUGAAAUGUACUGCUGUUUUCACUGAGUCUGUCUACCAGCUAUAUUGAGCAAGUCACAGGGAGAAGAAAAGCAUACAAGUCAUAUAGUGGGUGUCAGAAGUGACGUGAGAUUAAGGCAUUUGCUGUGGUCACAUAAGUAAUCUAGAGUGCUGUCUGAGGGAGGGCAUUUUAUUUUUCUUCUGCAGUCUCUAAAGGUUUCCUAAAGCAACUUCACUGUAAUAACUUGGGAUUCAUGAAGUAAUGCUGCUUUUCUAAGUCAAGUGUAAGCCUUUUCUUUUUCUGUAAUAAAAAACAUUUUAAACA